AUUCGAGAUCCAAUAGUCACCGAGGGAACUUCGUUACAGCGAUUGUUCUUCCAGAGAAAUUAAGUGAAAGAAAAUUUAAAAUAAAAAUCCUCUAAUAGCAUCGAGAGUAUUAAUUACGCGAAUUCAACUACCGAUAUGGCUAGUGUAAACUUUUGGCUCGUUAUCUUUUCAAUUAUCCUGAAUAAGCUUGCAACGAGUAUAGUGGUUGAUGGUGAUAAUCAUCGAGAGGAAUGGGUGGUCAGAAUUCAAGGUGGGCCACAAGUUGCAUCUCUUUUGGCGUUGCAGAGUGGAUACAGGCAUCUCGGACCGGUCUUGGGCUUCGAGGAUACGUACAUAUGGCUCAAAGACGGCAAUGGUGGUCAGAAGAAAAGGGGUGGAGUUUGGUUAACAAAACCACUAAAUUCAAGCAGCAAGAUCAUUUGGGCAGAUCAGCAGAAAACGAUCGAGCGACACAAGCGCGGUUACGUGCCAUUAUCUAGCUUCGACUCGGAGAAACCACUGAUAAGGGAGAAGAGACUGGAGGUAGAUCAGUAUCAUUUGAAUAGCAUCAAGGAGGACGAUAAGGAUUGGCAAGAAUUUUGGCAGGAAAAUCCUCAAGACUCUAGACUGAUGUUCAAUGACGAACUUUGGGAUCAAGAGUGGUACCUGCAAGACACGAGAUCGAACAAUGCUCUCCCUAAGCUGGAUUUGAACGUACUGUCCCUCUAUCGACUGGGGGUAACUGGUCGAGGCGUGAGAAUCGCAGUUUUGGACGAUGGGUUGGAAUAUACCCACGACGAUUUGCGAAAUAACUACGAUCCUGAUAUUAGUUACGAUGUAAACGAAGCUGACGAUGAUCCUUUGCCACGAUACGAAUUAUCAGGGGUGAACGGCCAUGGAACGAGAUGCGCAGGGGAAAUAGCAAUGGAAGCUAACAAUCGGAAAUGCGGCGUGGGCAUCGCUUUCGAGGCUUCAAUCGGCGGCAUCAAGUUGCUCGAUGGUUUGGUAAACGAUCGCGUUGAGGGAGAAGCGCUAGGAUACAAACCGGAACUGGUGGACAUUUACACGGCCUCGUGGGGCCCAGCCGACGAUGGGAAAAGUCUAGAAGCUCCUGGCAGGCUGGCCAGCGAAGCUCUCGAACGUGGUAUCGCUAUGGGCAGAGGCGGCAGAGGUAGCAUUUACGUGUGGGCUUCCGGGAAUGGGGGCUUGAGAUCGGACGACUGCGGAUGUGACGGAUACGUAGGAAGCAUUUAUACCAUCGCUGUGGGAUCUGCUAGUCAAACUGGAAGAUUUCCAUGGUACGGUGAAAGCUGUCCCGCAACGUUGGCCACCACGUAUAGCAGUGGCGCUUAUCACGAUCAAAUGAUAGCGACAACAGACUUAAGAAACACCUGCACCACGGGUCAUACUGGCACUUCCGCGUCCGCUCCAUUAGCUGCAGGAAUCCUGGCCUUAGCUUUACAAGUGAACAAAGAUUUAACCUGGAGGGAUGUGCAGCAUCUCAUCGUUUGGACGUCAGAAUAUAAUCCACUCAGGGAGAAUCCAGGCUGGUUCAGAAACUCUGCUGGACUUUGGUUCAACUCACGUUUCGGAUUUGGACUUAUGAACGCGCACGGUUUAGUCUCGGCCAGUUACAACUGGACUACUGUACCGGACAAAACCAUCUGUAAAGUGGAAUUCGCUAAAGCAAUCGACAAGGAGUUGGCUUAUGGAAAUACCAGGCGGUUACGAUUCGAGACGGAGAACGAGUGUCGAUCGGAAGGAAACGAGAUUACGUUUUUGGAACACGUGGAAAUCGAGGUCACCCUCGAGUACAGUCUUCGUGGUGCACUUCAGAUGUAUCUGACUGCGCCCUCAGGGACACGGGUACAGAUACUAAAGCCAAGAAAAUUGGACGAUUCAACUGCGGGUUUCGAGAAGUGGAAAUUUAUGUCUGUGGCGUCAUGGGGUGAGGACCCACGUGGCAGCUGGUUUCUAGACAUUCUCGACGAGAUCGGACCAAAAGAGAAUAACGGCACGAUAGAAACGUUUACGCUGGUUUUACAUGGGACCAGAAAAAUGCCAGAAUACCGAAAAAAUGGGCCACGAAUUUAUAACCAGGACUACAAUCGAAUGCAAAACAUAAACGAGGAUCAAUCAUCUACAUUCAAAAAGAAGCUGGGAUUACUCAUGCAAGAGACAAACGAUAUCUAUGAAAAAGAAUGGUUGGAGUUUUUGUGAAUAUAAAUUCUCCGACGAAUUAAAUUGCCCUGUAUUGUGCGCCAACGAAAAUACAAUAUCCGGUUGAAUAAAAAUAAUAAAAAUAAUAAAAAUC